AAAUGUAGCCUUUUCAAAAUGCGCUAAACAUUUGCAGUGCGCUGUUGAUCACAGUCGGCCGAGGGCGCCAGAAUCGCGCGCAGCCCGAGCGUCGGUGGCCCCCGCGGCGCGUCAUCGCUUCCUGAGGCUGACAUUACACUCAGUCGCUCCUCUGUGGAAAAACUCGGCGUCAGUCAGUGUUUGCGGAGAGGAAACUUUCUUCCUUUGACGGCGUGCAGUCGACGAGAUUUGCAGCUUUCCCAAGCACACACCGCUCCAUCUGUUUGGAUUACUGGCAUCCGCGACUCCAAAAACAUAAUCCGCAAAGCUUUUCGGAAGGUGGAUUUGUGCGGUUCCCCUCAAUUUGUGCGUGACAACUGUAUUGAAGUGCGCGCGGCUUCCGGAUAUAUCCCUGUUUUGCUGUAUCUCUCGCACAAGAGCACAGGUUGCGGAUUUUUCUUCUUUACGGCGUUUAACCCCGUGAACUUGCUUUAAAUCUCACAUUGGUUUAAUUCGUCUUAAAUGUCAGCACCAGCAUGAAGAUACGCACGUAAGAGUGGAGAUUUUCCCUGAUGAAAGGAGUCGAGCGUUCAGCUCGAGUUCACUAGGGUCACUUCCGGAUGAUGACAGUAAACAUGGAUGGCGGUCUCCAAAAUGGACCCGGACAGCACAAGAACUCACAAGAUGAUGAAGAGGCACUCACCUCCAUAAUGAAGGACCUGGCAGCUUUACGCUUCUGUUACCAGCUCAAGAGCAACAACAGCAACAAGCCCAAGAGCAGAACCCCUUCCUACAGACAGGAUUUACGGGUGAAGCUGGAGCAUGAGCGAGAGAAACGGUGAGUCGGAACGUUCUGAUUAUUUCUGCAGCUCUCUGUCCUGUCCCUGAUCUCAUUCCUCUCGUCGUAUCCCAGUUCUCGUUACGCCAUUUCUAAGAUCUCUCGGCACGGGGAAGAACGGAAAAUAUGCCAAGCUGCCCACAAGAACCGGAACGUUCCUUUUUAAAGUAUUUUGACAUUUAGACGCGGCGUUUCUCACACACUCUGGUACAGUUUGGCAGAUGGAGACUGCAGAGGAAAGAGGAGGUUAAGCCAAGUGUUUGAGCUCAAUGGCACACCCAAUAUUAAUUUUCAAUGUCCUGUAGGUCAUCCAUACUCCCACACACAGAACAUGUCAUUUUUCCCAUCUCAAGUCUGCCAAAUGCCAACACAUGAGUCUUUGCAAAGUAUAUCCAUAUGUGUUUUAGCAAACUUGUACUCAUAAAAAGCCGGUAUUUUCCCUCAUAUCAAGCCAGUGUUUCUGCACAGGAAUAAUGUAUGACAUUGACGAAGCUCUGUUUACAGGAAGAAAGUGAAUUCACGUUAUUGUCAGUCAGUAACCACGAAGCCCUGAUGCAUCACACUUUGCUUUUAAAGAUUCCCAAAGGUCCGCCGUCUGUGUGAAAUGCCUCGGUGGGUUAUGUCACAGGAAGUUGGCACAGCAUUUGAGGUGACAGGCAGCUGGGUGUGCUGCUUUCGCAGCUCUAAUUGGCUGCUGUGGCACAAAAUCUUUGUGUUUAACUCUCUUCUGUUCUACUUCGGCUUUAAGCAGAGAUGUAUGAGGAAGAGGUGAUGGACCACUAGUGGAUAAAUCAAUGGAAGUAAUUGGGUGGCUAUAGAAAUUGACAUCCCACCUUCAAUCAGAAUAGCCAUUCUCCUUCAUGUCACGUCGUUUUGCUCUAGAAAAAAAUCAAUUUCAAGGACUCCCAAAUAUAAAAAAUAUAAAGGCAGUUAGUUACAUAUUUCAUGUCUGCAGACCCAUUCAUUCAUUAUAAAAACAUAUUCAAAAAUGAAUGUUUUGACUUUUGUUUGUCCAUCUAUUAUAAAAACAUUUUCAGUUCAUUUCAAAUUUGUUUUUAUAGCAUUUUUUACAAUAAAUAUCAUUGCAGACUCGCAAGAAGAGCUAAAUGCUUGUAAAUACAAUCUGGUUGCUGGUUUUAUUUUGUUACGGUUAAAAUGUUUAUUUUUCUCUCAAGUUUUCCGUAAACCCCCAGCAUCCCCUCAUGGCCCCCUUGCCUUGCCUUAAAUGGACUUUGUUUUUUAAGGAAGCUUAACAUCUUGGCAUUUCCUUAACUGGCCAGGAUUCUGUAUAUAUCCCUUCUUUCCUGCACAGUUUUUCUUCACUAAGAGCAAAAAUUAAAAUGAGGGACAAAUUAGUAUUAAAAUCUGCCUUUAUAUUAUUGUUUGAGUAAACAAUGAUAUCAGUGAAUCUUAAUAAACCAGCCUGGCCAGAUGGUGGGACUUCCAUCCACUCUCAUGAAUAUGCAUAACAGUUGUUGUUUUUUUCCCACUGUGCAAAUUGCAUUGUGCGCUGGCUUAUAUACAUGCAGCUUUAAAAAGGUGUUUAAUAAGAAAGCCUGCUACUAUUCAAAAGUAAUUUUUUUUUAAAUUAAUACUUUAAUUUAAGAAGGAUUCAUUCAAUUGCCCGAAAGUCAAAAGUCAAAAUCAGUUUCCAGAAAAAUAUUAAGCAGCACAAUUGUUUUCAACAUCAAUGAUAUUAAGAAAUGUUUCUUUUGCAGCAAAUCAGCAUAUUAUAAUGAUUUCUGAAAGAUCAUGUGACUUUGAAGACUGGAGUAAUGGCUAGUGAAAAUUCAGCUUUGUAUCACAGGAAUAAAUUACUUUUUAAAAUAUAUUAAGAUUAAAAACCAGCUACUUUAAGGGUCAAUACUAUACCGAACAAGUAGUGUAUGAACAGCAAAGUCUAUUCAGUCUAUUUCCACAACAACAUAGUAAUAUAUUACUGUGUUUUUUUGCUAGUGCCAUUAAAGUUGUUUUCAUUGCGUUACAUCAGAAAGUCGUAAAAUGUAACUGGCAUUAAACUUGUAUGCGUAUAACUCCAUAUCUCACAGCACACAUUAUAAAUCAAUGCACUUGCGCCCAUAGUAAUAAAAAACUCAUCAGAACAGGCAUUAGUUAACAGACCAGCCUAGUUGGACACACUCAAAACCGUCUUCCUCUGGCAGCGACUGCAACACCGAGACAGGAAGGAGGAGAGCACCGCAUGCCAUGCCAAACGCGGAGAGAUGUGGCCAAAACAAGGCGCUUAUCUGUGCACGCCGAGGAAGGAAAAUCAUCUCGUACUCUACAUCCUCCAUUUCUCCAGUCUUCCGCUAUGAUUUUCUUCCAUCACUAUCUCACUGAUCAGCCAAUGUAAACAAAGCCAUCGCUCAAAACCCAACAAACGGCUUCAUCAGAAGAUCUGACAGCUAAACAACAUACAGCUGAUCUCAGAUCAGCAUAAAAGCUUGAUUUCACCCAUGACAGAUGUCCCUAGUUGUUGCUAUUUCCCAUAAACGUCUUUAGAUGAGGACCAAUCAGCUGUCAUUAAGUUGGAGAUACAAAAACCACUAAUUGCUAAAGUCAAAAUUCGUUUGUUAAAGAUAAAAGUUCCUCAGAAGUAGUAGAUACUGUAUGAAGUGUUGUGUAUGUUUAUUUGUUUUGAAAAAAAAAAAAAAAAUUUCACCAUGCAAGAACACAAUAAAUUGAUCAAAAUGACAGUAUGGCAGUACAUGACAGUAAAGACUUUUACUGUGUUACAGAAGAUUUCUAAUUCAAAAGCAGUUCUUUUGAACUUUCUAUUCAUCAAUCCAGAAAAAAAAAUUAAACUUUUCAACAUUGUUGAAUAAUGAAAGAAUAAUAAAUGCUUCUUGAGCAGCAAAUCAGCGUAUUAGAAUGAUUUCUGAAGGAUCAUUUGUAUUCAUUUGUAAACUAAAACCACUAAUGGCUAAAUUCACACAUUGUUUAUUAAAGUUAAAGAUGUUUUGUUUUAAGAAAUUAAGGUAAUUCCUUAAUUUGUUAACUUACAUUACAUGUUCCAUUUGUUAACUUACAUUACUUACAUAAUUUAAUGAAACAUACUUCUAAAACAUUUAUUAAUCUUAAUUAUAACUAUAUUUACUAAUACAUUAUUAAAAUCAAAAGUUUUAUGUUACUGUUAUUUACUAACAAUGAACAGUAGCAUUUUUAUUAACUAAAAUGAACAAAGAUGAAUAAAUACUGUAACGCAUGUAAAGCUCAUUGUCCGUUAGUGUUAGUUAAUGCAUUAACUUAUGGGACCUUAUUGUGAAGUGUUACCAAAAUUAAUAUUUUUACACAGCAAAGAUGCAUUAAAUUGAUCAAAAGUCACAGUAAUGCUGUAAAAAAAUUUAUAUAUCAAAUAAAUGCUGUUCUUUCUAUUCUUGUGAACUUUGAUACAAAAAAGUCACAUGAUAAUGCUUCUUCAAAAGUAAUAGAUAUGAAUUGCUGUGUCUGGCAAAAUUUGGCUGGCGGUGGGCUAAACUUUGGAGGAGGAGGGGAAAACAUGCUUCCUGCUACUUCCAGCUCUGCUCCACUUUUUUUUCCUCUUUCCUCUCAGGAAGCGCUCCAUCUGCCUUUGUGUGCUUUGUGAUGUGGGCCCCGGUGUUGAAACAGUGGUCCGCUCCGCUUGAUUAGGCCAAACACACACUCCUGCACAUUGAAACUCAUCAUGCUUGCCUUGCAUUAUCAUCAAGCAUGCAGACAAAUCAAUUUACACUCUCAGUUCCUUUUUCUCUCGCCCCACACGUUGACACACACUCUAAACAUAGUCACGCUCGUUAAAUAAGCAGAGACACCGUUUAUGGUCUGUCCCAUGCAUGAAUACACCAUAAAUGGCUGUAGAAGUACUGACUCGCACACAUCAGCAGUGACGCCUUUCCGUAUGCUGAUUAAUGAUUCUGCACCGUCAGAUCGCUUUCCACCCAUGUUCAACUGACCUGUUCUUCAUCACCUCUGUUGCUAUGGCAACGGUCCCAAAUGUCAGGAUGUGCCCCAUGAUUGGAAGGGUGCCAUCAUGCACGUCCACAGUACCAUGUUUACACACCGCUUACAAUCAUUCCAUUCCAAAGGCCGCUCAAGUUCAAGGAUCUGCUUCAGAAGGUGACAGAGGCCUUCGGUCAGCAAAUGGACCUAUACUACACUGAUAAAGAGAUGUUGGUGGCUCUGAAGUGUCAGGAGGAUUUGGACCGAGCAGUUCAGGGAUUGAGCUCCAGCUCUGGAAUGAACAACCUACUGAGAGUGAUUUUGAAAACACCUCCCAACAACCAAUUCCUUCAGGUGAGCGGCCAAGACAAGCAGAGCGAGAUGAGGUCAUCCAGGUCCCUGGGAGAUCUCAAAGCCUCGGUUCUCAAAGGCUCUGAACGAGUGCGCAAACACUCUACAGGAUCUCUGAACACGGGCCGCACCUCACCCCCUCCGGGCAGCGUACCAGAAGAACAACAGCAGAUCGCUCGGCAGGGGUCUUACACCAGCAUCCACAGUGAAGGAGAGUUCAUCCCAGAAACGCUCGACUCCAAUAUUAUGGAACCGUUCGGGAGUGCGAAUGGGUCACUAUCCAGCAGCUGUCAGUCACUGGACCAAGCACUGGACAGCCCACCAUUCUCCCAGAACAACCGGGACAACAAUUACCUGAACCUCAACUAUGAAUACAAAGGGCGUCACGGGAAACACGGGACCUUCCCACGCCAGUUCCACAUGUCCAGUCGCAGUAAAGACUACGGUGACGGUCGAAGGACCUUCCCUCGAAGCUUUAUGCCUCAAGAGAACCUGUUUCAGCUGGUCCCGUCCAGCCGUACACGCAGCUAUAAUGGAGAAAGCACCUUGCUGUACAGCGGAGAUCUUCGCUCCAUCAGUUGGACUGAGAAAAACAGCCAACACAACACUCCUAAAUCCCCAAGGGCUCCUGUAAACUGGCGUCAGGGGAAACUGCUCGGUCGGGGAGCGUUUGGCGAGGUCUACCUAUGCUACGAUGUUGACACGGGACGUGAGCUGGCGGCCAAGCAGGUGCCCUUUGACCCUGAGUGUCAGGAGACCAGCAAGGAAGUGAAUGCACUGGAGUGUGAGAUCCAGCUCUUGAAGAAUCUGCGUCACGACCGCAUCGUGCAAUACUACGGCUGUUUGCGUGAUCCGGUGCAGAAAAAGCUGUCCAUCUUUGUGGAAUUCAUGCCUGGGGGCUCUAUUAAAGACCAGCUGAAGGCGUAUGGAGCACUGACUGAAAAAGUCACCCGCAGAUACACCCGACAGAUCCUACAGGGAGUCCACUAUUUGCACAGCAACAUGAUCGUACACAGAGACAUCAAAGGCGCUAACAUUCUGAGGGACUCCUCUGGAAAUGUGAAGCUGGGAGAUUUCGGGGCGAGCAAGCGCAUUCAGACCAUCUGCAUGUCUGGGACGGGAAUCAAAUCGGUCACCGGCACCCCCUACUGGAUGAGCCCGGAAGUCAUCAAUGGAGAAGGCUACGGACGCAAAGCAGAUAUUUGGAGUGUUGCAUGCACGGUUGUAGAGAUGCUAACCCAGAAGCCCCCGUGGGCUGAAUAUGAAGCAAUGGCAGCCAUUUUCAAGAUUGCAACCCAGCCGACUAAGCCAAACCUGCCCGAGGGUGUGUCCGAUGCAUGCAGGGACUUCCUGCGGCAGAUCUUUGUGGAAGAGAAAUGGCGGCCCACUGCCGAGGGGCUUCUCAGCCACCCUUUUGUCCAGGGCAGCUUCUGAUCCUACAGAUCUCGGAUCUCUCUGGAGUCCCCAGGGAAAACCACACACCUGCCCGCGGACAAUCACCACUCUUGCCUUCCAGGGUCCGGAGAAACCCACCAACCAGCCGACUAGGAACAAACGUGACCACAACGAGGGGGUGUGUAUCUCCCUAACGCAGCUCGACAAAUAUCAUGGACAGCUGAUAGCGCUUCCCGUAUUGUUAAUUAGAGUCAGAGCCCUGUCCCAAAUGACGCACUUGACUCGAGAACAUCAGUUCAUGAGCUACACCCCUUUUGCUAAAUGGACCGGUUUUACAUUUUCAGGGCUCUCUGGAGCAGAAGAAGUUGUCAUAGUUGGGUAAACUUAUACAGCAAAUAUAAUUUUGCAUUCCCAUUAGCUCCAAAAGCAAAAGAAAAAAAACUUUCCAAAAGAGGAAAAAUAAAAUGGCGAGUUGAAUCAUAGCAGUCAGAAGAGAGAAUGAUGUCAAAUGUCAGCAGUUUAAAUUAUUAUUUUGUAAUUUACUGUCAAGGUAAUAUAACAAAUUAUAGCACUAUAAAUAUAUAUUAAAUAUUUACAAAAUGAAAAUAUGACAAACUUUACUAGAUUUGUGAUGUUGAUAACCAUGGAAACGUGUCAUCACAGUCUAUAAAGGGACCAAGGUUUACAGCACACUAUUACCCAACAUUCCUUGUGACAAAUUGUAUAAACUUUUAAAGGGCAGUGAGAGCUGAGAGUGGGUUGGUGACAUAAACCGAUUUAGUUUUUUGGCCAAAUCUAUUCAUUUAUCCAAAAAUAAAUUUAAAUUAAUUCAGUACAACUGUUCUUAUAAUUAAGCCUCAUUAAAAUAAUUAAAUGUUUUGGGAAAACAACAACUUAAGUAGUUUGGCGUAAUAUAGAAUUAUUAAAAAAAAAAUACUUUCAAAAUGUUAUGUGGUGUGACUCCCGAAAACCUUAAUAUUUCUGAUUUAAUAAUUAAUAUUUCUGAAAAAAGUGCUUUUUAACCUUCAGCACCAAAAACAAUCAGUUCACAUUAAUCACAAAUAUAAAAAAACAAAAACGAUAAAGAUGUGUACACUCAAUGUGUAUUUAACAUGUAAAUAUAUUAUUGAUGGUUACACCACAUGACAUUUUAUAGGCAUUUUUUAAAAUGGUGUAAAGUUGUUGUUUUUUUUAAACCAUAAAAUUCAUUACUAAAAAUGUCCAGUUUUAUAAAGUAAAUUUUUUCUCCUUUUCUUUAUAAUGGACACUCCUAUUUGUCAUUGCCAUUUGGGACAGAGCCUUUGGCUAGGGAUUGAUACAAUGCAGUCAAAGUGCCAACUCUUACUAUACUGGCACAGAAUGGCACAUAAAGUGUCACUGCCCAAACAAUACUGAUUACAGUAGCUUAGUUUACAUGCAUUACUGCCGGUUGACUUUAUCUGAUCCCCUGAUGCACUUGAAACCAGCACAAGCGCUCUGAUGCGAUACUACAGGGGUUGCUGGACAAAUCACAUGCAGUCUGUGUUUGGCACACAUGUAUUAGAGUGUCAUUUUAAGGUGGUCUUUUGUUUAACAGAAUUCAAUUAGUCAUAAAAGAGAGUUGAUUUUGAUUAUGGCUCAUGUACCUCUGUAUCCCUGGGUCCAAUCCUGAGUGUCAUUGAAAGUACAUAGAAAAGACCUCAUGGAGCAAUUAUAAUGAUAUAUGUACUGUACAAUACUCAUUUGAGUAAUUUUUUGUUAAGAUUACGGUGUUUGAUGGUUAGAAUCUAACCAAAUAAGAAUGACACAGAGUAAGACAUAUGCAACCACCAAAGUGGUAUGAGACAGAGAAAUGUGUCAUUUUUUUCAUGUCUUUUUAGCUAAUGAAGACUGUAUAAACACAUCUUUUUUUAUAUUAUGUAACGUUUUAGUUAAAGCACUCUUUACCCAGAGAUAAUCACUGUAAAUACGUUCCCAUUGCACUCUUGGACUCAUGCAUAGAGCACAUAGGAUAAUCAGCUGAGAUAUUUUUAUACAUUUUUUAAAUUCACGUUUGGAAUGACAAUACCAAACUUUUUGUAUUAUUAUAAAAAUUACCCUAAAGUGUCAAAGCAAUAUUUCAGAGAAGAAGACUACUAUGGCUGGUGUGUUAGCAUUCUUGUACUGUUCACUCAGUCCAAUACAACCAAAGAGUGAGAUGCUUGAAUUAUGAAUUUGGUCACUUCAGAAAUGUUCGGUGUCUUGAUUUGUAACCUAUGGUGAGUUUCUUUCUUUUGUUGAUUCGAACUAUUCUUUGCUGAUGUGCAGACGUUUUCCUGGUCAUUAUGAAAAUAAACACAAUGUAACAAAAAUGUUAAAGCAAUAGUGCACCCAAUAAUGAAAAUUUGCUGAAAUUACUCACCCUUAUAAAGUUUGUUUCUUUAUCUGAACAGAUUUUACAUCACUUGCUCACAAAUGGAUCAUCUGCAGUGAAUGGGUGCCGUCAGAAUGUGAGUCCAAACAGCUGAUAAAAAUACUACAUGAUUACAGUGCAGAGAAAAGAUGCUGUGUUUAAUAUUUGUAAUAAACAAAUCCAUCGUUAAUAAGCGUUGGACUCGCGUUCUGACGGCACCCAUUCAUUGCAGUGGAUCCACUGGUGAGCAAGUGAUGUAAUGCUAAAUUUCUCCAAAUCUGUUCUGAUGAAGAAACAAACUCAUCUACAUCUUGGAUGACAUUUUUGUAUCAACUAUUCCUUUAAACAUACAUUGUCUUAAAUGACUUUUUUGUAUUUUUUUUUUAUCUUGUCCAAAUGUAAAUGCUAAACUUUAAACACUUGAUUCUAUGAUUGCUGUUUUUUAUGUUUUGAACUCGAAAAAAUACACCAGCAGCAAUUAAUGUUGCAAUUAGUGCCUUCUCUGAUGCCCUUAUUCUGAGAGGUCAGUCAUUUUAAAAACAUUUAAUGGUGGAAUGUGUUUUCUGAUGUCCUUAAGAUGGUUUCGGUAUCACGCAUUGAUGCUGUCAAGGACAUUUGCUGAAGAUCUUUUACUGAAGAGGAUUGUAUUGUAAAUACAUACUGUACCCAGCUGUCAUAAUGUUUCAUUAUAUUCAAAGUACCUUAGUCACAGUAUAUUGUUAUUGUUCUGAUUGUGGAGAGGUCUGGGUUUCAGAUGAUCUCAGCUGAGGGUGAACAGACCAUGCUGGUUUUUGAGGGGCUAAGAAUGAAGAAUUCUGUGCUGCCUUGAUGAAAAAGCCUGGAAACUAUUAUUAGUGAUUUUGUACAUUUGAAUAAAUAAAUUUAUUGUCUAAAACCAG